AUGGCUGCCAAGUUUCGACCUCAAGACUUUCCCGUCGGUCCCAGACCUGACUGGGAACUAGACGCAAAGCUCGGCAAGCUGAAGAGCGUUAUGGAGAGCGGUGUGUUGGCUGCAUCGUUACAAGAAUCUCGUGCUGCACUGCUAGGCCGUCUCCUGCCCCAGUUCUCGGACCGGAUGCGUGGUGCUGCCGGCGAUAAUCCAUUUUCGCGUCCACAUUCCACCAACUUCCUCGGAAAAUGUAUCCUGAAAUUCGGUCCUCAUAUCAUGCACGACGUUCUCAUUCAUCAAGUCAUCUAUACCGAACUCUCACCGUAUGCUGUCACAGUCCAGCCGGUCCUGGCGCCGCCUAAACCACAUCCACGUGGAGACGGCGCUGCGUCCUUGCCUUCCGCGCCGCCCACAAACCCCUUUCCCAAUACCAAUCAAGGACUCAUUUCUAGUAUCAUCUCGACAGCCAAGGAGGAUUUGCAUUUGGCACGCUGCAUCCGUAAAGCAGCUGCAGGCAAAGUUGCGCCGGAAGAGGCUAAAUACGUCACUGCGACUAUCAAUCAACUCGUAGCAGCUGACCCCUCGGUUUGGCAACUCCCCUCGCGCGCUCUCGCCUCUGCCUCAAAGUCAUCUUUACCCUGCGAUAUCAUUUUCAGCUUCAAAGAACGCCCGGACGAUCAAUGGCUUCUCCCUCGUCAUCCGACUUUCAUAGAACGUGAACCGCCAAGUGGUGCACAGCUGGAUCUGAUACAAGUGUCCAUGUCUUUAUCCGCACCAACCGCAGCUUCGAUCGCGGUCUCCAGCCAGCCCCCACGGCAUGUUUCGCGUCAUACCGAAGUUAUCACCCUGCAACUUGAGCAAGCCGCACAGACGCUAUACGAUUCGCUCAUUGGCUGGGUCGGUGGUCCUCAGCAGAACAUGGAGAAUCGCGAUACUUUGCGCGACAUGGUGUGCCCGUGA